AUGGAUGGAACCUCUAAGACAAGUAAAAAGAAAGGGAUCGUACCCGUCGAGCAUGAAUGUCCUCUGAAUAUUCUCUCUCGCAAUUUAUGGGUGAGGAUUGCCACGAAGGUUGCAUCGUAUUCAAUCCGUGACCUAUUCAACAUGCAGGCUACUUGCAAGGUGUUUCUUGAUGCAGGUAGUUCCGACGCUGUGUACCAACAUGCGACGAUGUGGCAUAUACGGCUAGUCUCUUUUUUAUUUUACCUUGACCGGCCUGAAAGGAGGUUCCUCGAUCGCUGCGUGGAAGUAAGAAAUGCGGAUGCUAUACUCCGGCAGGGGAUGACAGAGUAUUUCUGGAUUGGCCGCCGUGACAUAGGGAUGGAACUGCUUGAUAGGGCCUCGACGGAGGGUAGCGUUGAAUUAGGUACUGUGUGA